AUGACACAGGGUUUUUCAUCAGGGAGUGCUUGCAUCUCUCCUUGUCAUAUUGCUCUAUUUGUUGCCCAUCUGCAUCAUAAACAAUGUUCACUUAAGACUAUUUCAACAUAUUUGUCAGCAGGAGCAUAUGUACAUAAGCUUCUGCACAAUUUUGACCCUACAGAGUCUUUCUUAGUGAAGAAAUUAGUUGCAGGUUGUUAUAGAUUAAGUCCUUCAGUGGAUAUGAGACUACCAAUUACGGUUGAAGUGUUGAACACGAUACUUAAGGCUCUACAGCAUGUUGCUCAGAAUGCAUUUGAAACUGCUUUGUUUCAAGCAAUGUUUCUUUUUGCUUUUAGUACAUUUGCUCGAGUUGGUGAGAUUGCAGCAACAGAAAGUACUGUUAAUCUGGUUCAGUUUCAACAUUUUACAUUCUCAAGAUUACAGACUCCACCUACUGUUCAUGUGGAUUUUUAUAAUUUCAAACAUAACCUGCAAAAGAAACGUCAUGCUAUUACAUUUAGUCAUGGCCCUGCGGUCUUCUCUGCGGUAACGGCACUUAAUACUUACCUCACAUAUAGAGGCAAGGGAGAGGGUCCUGUCUUUUUACUACUGAAUCAGAAACCUGUGCCACGUGCUUGCUUUGACCGUAUGUUAAAGUCCUGUUUGGCAUUCGCAGGCUUGGACAGUUCUGUGUACAAAGGUCACAGUUUUCGUAUUGGGGCAGCAUCAUAUUGGUCACAGAGAGGCACGUCAGACUCUCAGCUUCGUUCUUGUGGUAGAUGGUCCUCAAAUGCUUUCAGAAAGUCAGCUGCUCCAUAA